AUGUCUGACGCCAUCAGUAAAACAGCCAAUGAAACGCGGCUGCUCCAGGCUCGAAUUGCAGCCGAGCAGGAGCAACGCCGUCAAAAGUUUGCGGGGCAAAAUGUACCGCAGGUCAGCACCAGUCUUGGAGCCUAUGCCACGGCGCCCGCCAAUACCAAGGCGCUGCAUCGGGACCCAAGCGAGAAUGCCUCCUAUACCUCGCGCACUCUCGCCAUUGGGCCACUGGGCAAGAAGAUGAUGGGUCUCAAGGUCACCAAUUCGAGUCGAGGUGGUCAAGAUCGCAAGAUGCUGACGGUGCGGGCCCCAAGUUCCAUCAAAGCCGAGCUCAACUUUGACGAAGUGGUACAGACGCGCAAAGAGCUCGCUCGAGCCAUAGCGCAAGAGCAGAAGCGUAAGGACAAGGAGGCGUACGAUGAGACUGUCAAGCAGCUCGAACGCACCAAGUUCAAUGAGGUUAAGUCGCCGCAACGCCGCCAGCAACUUCAAAAUGCCUACUUGGCUUACAGGUAA